GGACGAAGGACUCCUUGAUGCCUCAAUCUCCAAUACACUCUAGUACCGAACAGCUUGAACCCGAACAUGACUCCUUCACUGUGCCUUCGCUGCCCCUACAUAAUAACACCGGAACAAGUGUGCUUUUCGGGUUCUCGUUGGAUCACUUGAAGAUACAAUCGGAGCAAAGCGAUGACAAGUCAAGCACCAAAACGGCGCCACGCACGACUCUGGGGUCAUCAAUCGUGAUGCGGACAUUCUGUAACUGUACUGAUGCUGGGGAGCCGACGCUAUUCUCAGCUACCAAUGAACUACUCCACACCGGGGAAGAAUCCAACAGAGUAGUGAGAUUGGUCCAAGUGCCACUAGCUCUUUGUGCACAAGUAUUCGUAUCCAACAAUACAGCCGCCAGUCACCAUCAACAUCUCGAAGAGGCUUCAUCGCGUCAUCGAGAUCUCGAGACUCUUUCCACACAGGACAAAUCCUCAGAAGAGAAUCCACAUCCCUCCACUAGCAUGGACACUGCAGCAUCUCCUGUAGCCUCCUCUCCUGAAGCCGGAGCGGACAUCCUCCACUUCCUGCAAGAAAAAGCGCGCCUUGAGCUCGGUCUCCACAGGCUCCAAAACUUUGUGCUACAGUUCCUGCAUACUUUACACAAUCAUCUCGCCUUCUGCACACACGUUACCACCGGCACGACAUCGAGUGGGCAACAGAGUACAGACCUUGUGGACAUUAAGAGGACAUACAGCAAUUAGAGUAGAUAGCCAGAUCUUCUCUACUUCCUUCAAACAUGAGGAUGAGACUCUUCUUUGAUUAAAAGUGAUGUUUGUGGAGAUUGAAAUAUCUCCGAGACGGUCUUUCUUUGUGCGAUUGCAGUCCUGUGCAGUAAGUAUGUUGUCUCAGGGUGUGCGUACAAGGACAUACCGAGCUGGUAGUUUUUACCAAUGGACUUCCCUAUCGAUGACAAUUAUCAUAAACAUUCGACUACUUUUUCGGCCCGCUUUGUGCCGCAAUCGAAGCGUUCAUGACCUUCUGCGUCUUCCUGGCUGCGUUGAACGAGCGCGUAAAGUGCCUACUGGGCCGUCGGAUACAAGAUCAGGCACGAACUGGCUUCUUCGACGUUUCGCCUUUGUGGAAGGUCAGCUCUUCGCAGAUCCGUCUGCAAAAGCAGCGCAUUGCGCAAGAUUCUCACGAAAGUGUUCGGACCAGUGAUAAUCUGUCUCGUGCGACUCCGGAAAGAGAAAGUACUGUCACUACUCACGGGAGCAGUCGACGUCUCCAAGAAGAUGACCAAGAAGAGGCAGCAUCUUUUUAUGUUUUCGCACGACAGGAGGAAAGGUUAGCCUACUUGCGGAUCUUCGAAUCCGAGCUCGAGUCCGUUC